AUGGCGGCGAGAGCCCGCGGGAGACAAUCGUCGCUGGCGUGCACGCCGCAGAUUUCCACAUGUUCGAACCAUCUGCAUGGCAGGCUCCAGCCAAUCACACGUGUCCCAGCGAAGCAGCUCGAUGAGCGCGGCGCUCUGCGCGGCUUGGCGGGAACCGUGCUCAAUCCGGUCGGUGAGAUCAGUAUCGACAUCCAAGAGCGGGAAUGUUGCGUAUUUAUUGCAGAGAAGGGUGAACCUAUUUCAGAAGGUGGAGAGGAGAACAAACAUGGAAUGAACAGCGUCACGAUAGGCGGAAGGGUUGGUGAGAGGAUCGGGACGGGGAGAUUGAGGAGUGAAGGAGGUGUGGGCGAGGAGGGUGGGUUGCAGGGAAACAAUGGCGCGUUGGGAGUCAGGAAUGAGAGCACAGAGCUGAUUGUAGCGAUCGAGGAGGGAGGCGAUGAGCUGCUCGUUGUGGAGGGCGUGGAAGGUGAUGCCCCACCCAUCCAUUUCAAUGGAGAUUCGGUCGGAAUCGUCCAAUGUGAGAUAACGCAUAUCGGUGAUGAGACCUUCACGGGCUUCCUGGAUAUGAGAGGUGGAAACAGUGUAAACUCGAUAGCCGGACAUAAGGCCUGCGCGUAA